UCAACGGUUCUCGGCGAACCCCCUCCGCCAUGGAGCGGAUCCCCAGCGCGCAGCCCCCGCCCGCCGUCUGCCUGGGCAAGCUGCCCGCCCUGGAGAGCGGCGACGUGCCGGGGCUGGACUUCGCGCACAUGUACCAAGUUUACAAGCCCAGGAGGGGGUUAAAGAGGAGCGAGGACAAUAAGGAGACCUACAAGUUGCCUCACCGGCUGAUAGAGAAGAAGAGACGCGACAGGAUUAACGAGUGCAUCGCCCAGCUGAAGGACCUGCUGCCCGAGCACCUCAAACUGACGACGCUAGGUCACUUGGAGAAGGCUGUGGUUCUCGAGCUCACCUUGAAGCAUGUGAAAGCACUAACCAAUCUCAUUGAGCAGCAGCAGCAGAAAAUAAUUGCUUUGCAGAAUGGUUUACAAGCCGGUGACCUGUCAUCAAGAAACCUUGAUUCCAGCCAGGAAAUGUUUCGAUCCGGUUUCCAGAUGUGUGCCAAAGAAAUGCUGCAAUACCUGGCAAAGCACGAGAACGGCAAGGACCUGAAGUCGUCCCAGCUGGUCAGCCAUCUGCACCGAAUGGCCUCCGAGGUGCUCCAGGGCGGAGCCGGCCGCAAGUCCGGAGACAUCCCUCCUAAAAUGGUGGACUUGAAAGAGAAACCCGUCUCCUUGACCAAAACGGCAGAGGGACAUGGGAAAAACUGUGUGCCUGUGAUCCAGAGGACAUUUGCUCACUCCAGCGGGGAGCAGAGCGGCAGCGACACAGACACGGACAGCGGGUACGGGGGAGAGCUGGAGAAAAGUGACUCCAAAUCCGAACAGCAGUAUUUCAAAAAGGAUACCGAACUCAAGUAUGCUGUCCAGGAGAGAAUAAGCUCUAUUAAGCAGGAGACUGAGGACCCGCCGGCCAAAAGGAGCAGGCUGGAGUCGCCGGAGGACGAGGGCCCUUUUGGCAGCGACAUGAUGGGCUCUUCCAGCAGCUUCCUGGGCCCCCACGCUCACCAGCCCCCCUUGUGCCUGCCUUUCUAUUUGAUCCCACCAUCCGCGACAGCCUAUCUGCCCAUGCUGGAGAAGUGCUGGUACCCGGCAUCCGUACCUGUCUUGUACCCCAGCCUCCCAGCCUCUGCUGCAGCGCUUACGGGGUUCAUGAACCCCGAUAAAAUCUCCCCACCUCUGCUGAUGCCCCAGAGACUCCCUUCUCCUGUACCGGCCCAUUCCCCUAUCGACUCCUCGGCUCUGCUUCAAGCUUUGAAGCAGAUUCCUCCUUUGAACUUGGAAACCAAAGACUAAGCGCAGUGUGACUUUUUUUUUUUCUUUUUUUUUUUUCCUUUUUUUUUUUCCCCAGUUUGAGACUGUUUCACUUUUAUAUAUUGGCUGGACUGAGGUGUGGGGUUAAGGUUCACUGCGCGUAGGAAGCUAAAUCCCCUUUUCUCUGACUUGUCAGGUAGCUUGGAGAGGGAUGAAGGAUGCGCCCAGGUUAGCAAUUCAGAACUACUUCCAAAAGAAAAAAAAAAAAAGAAAAAAAAAAAAGAAGGGUUUUGUGCUUUACCCCUCACCUUCUUCCCUCUCCGCAUCCACAGAACAACAGUUGACUCGGUCAGCUGCGACUAUAUUGCAAAGCUGUGAAAAAGUAUUCCAUUAGGCAGACUUGGUUUUAGGGUCUGUGAAUAUAAAAAUACGGUACUUCUCAUAACGGCUUUUAAGGCAACGGCCCCACUGCUGGUGGUUUGAGCUGAACUGAUUUGGUGCCCCAUCAUCAGUCGCCAGCGUCUGAGUGGUCGGUGGUGGUGGCGAUGCCACCGAAAGCGUAGGAGGAGCAGAGCAGCAGUCACUGCUUGGUCAUGCACAGUCAGGUAGACUUAAGACGGGUUUCUCUCCACACCUUUGCUGAUAUAUAUAUAUAUAUAUAUAUAUUAUUUUUUUUAAGAAAUAAAAGGUAGAUGCUGCUUGGAAGCUUUACAUGGCGUACAUCUAAUAAAUAAAUUAACACGCGCCCCUUCCUGUAACUUGAGCUGCUAGUUUGGGCCGGGUAGGGGAGAAAAUAUCCCAAGGAUCACUUCGCUUGUUGCACCUGACUCCAGGCCUCUCUCUCGUUGCUGCUGUACGGUUUCGCCGGGUCUGGUCUAUUGGAAAUCAAAAUGGUUUUACGAGUCCCGCCAGCGGGGGCCCAGCCGGUGAGCAGCCGCUUCCUGACCGGGGCGAGUCGAGAGUUUCGUGCAAGAGGGAGCAGUUCAGCCCAAGUCGACAGCACGAUGCCCGCUGAAUAUGCCCCCGUCAGUGCCUUUGAAAAAUUAAAAGGCUGGGAUUUUCAAAGGAGUCUAAUCCCGCUGGGGUUUGAGCAUCUAAAUUCCUUAGUCUCCUUGGCAAACCCUGGCCCACAUUACUGUAUUAAAGAAAGAGGGUUAGGGUGUUGACACUUGUCCCAUUAGACUGCGAGGGUCUUUCUCUGCAGAGGAACAUCAUGUCCAAUU